AAUAUCUUUUUUUCUAUCACGGUGAUUCAGUUAUUACUGUAUUUUUUUAUAAUUACUGAGAGUAAAUAUUAAAUAUCAAUUAAAAUCAUAACCUGAUUAUAAUUACGGAACCGUACAAAAGUUCCUAAUAAAGUGGAGAAUAGAAUUAUUGUUCCUGUUUCCAAAUGAAUUCAAAAAGGUCUCAUUUACAGCACCCGUUGACAAAAGUAAAUGCUGUUUAAAAAUUAACAAUCAACAGUCUUCCACUAUCCACGGGAGUCUGUUUGCGUCAAAAGAAUCAUUCCAUUCGCCCUGGCCAUUAAUAGAAGUUGAUCACUUAGCCUACAUUAUAACUCAAAUGGAGACAAAAGUCAAAAAAACAACUUCCAUCUCUCCCGAAAUACCGUACACGUCUUCAUCCUCCUCCACAUCAUCAUUAGAAUUGACAACAUCCGAUAAUGAACAUUCGGUGAUCAAUGUUAACAAUAUAUCAGAACUUCACUCUAAAAACGCUGAAUACAAACCUAAAUUGAUAAGUCGUUGUAAAGCAAUCAGCCCUAAUUUGCUGAAGACAAUAAAUAAACGUGUAGUUAUAGUUGACUGCCGUUACCCAUAUGAAUAUAACGCUGGUCACAUACGCGGUGCCAUAAACUUAGCUGACUGGCCGAGUCUUUGUCAAUACUUUUUUGGGGCAAAACAAAUUAAUGAGAGCUCUGUAACAGAUAUGCAUAGCCUCUCACUAUCACUACCUAAAUUACUUGUUGGUCCAAAGCCAUCUCGCACUUUAUUUGUACUACAUUGUGAAUUUUCUUCAAAACGUGCACCAGAACUAUUUCAGCUUCUACGCAAUCAUGAUCGAACACUCAACUUCUCUUCAUAUCCUGCUUUAAGAUAUCCACAGGUCUAUAUAUUGCAUGGUGGUUAUGCAGCAUUUUUUAAAGGCUAUCCUCACUUAUGUCAACCAUCUGGCUAUUUACAAAUGCACAGUAGACCUCAUCUUCUAAGCUAUUGGCGUAAACACUGUAAAAGGGUAAACCAAAAAUCUAUCCAUCACAUUUGCCAACGAUACUGUGAUGAUAAUGAAGAUGAAGAAUUCUCCACUGGACGUUAGAAAGAGGUCGUCACACCAACAAUUCAUUCUCAAAUAAUAAUUUAGAAAAAACAUUUUAAAAUCUUAAAACAACUGAUCAAUCAACCUAAAAAGCACUAUCCAAUUGAAUCAUAAUUUAUGAUUUUCAUAAUAUUUCUUACAAACAUGUUUCAUUUCUGUAAACAUAUUGAUCAAAAAUUGAGUGCAAUAUUUCCAUACUACUUAUUUAUUUAACAGAUCUGAGUAUAAUUCAAAAAACUUCCUGAUUUAUUUUCUUUCAUGCAUAUUAAAAAAAUUUUAUAUUAUAGUUAAAUAAAAAAUACGCAACUAUGAUCAUAAUUUCUCCACUAUCCAUGAUUGAAAAUAAAUUUCUGAGUAUUUGAUAAACUACAGGUUGAAAUAACUAAAAACAUUUUAUUUCGAGGAAUCCUAAAACCUUGGACAAUUUUGUUUUAUUUCACUCGUAAUUAAAAGUUUCAUUUUCUGUCUGUGUCAAUUCAUUAUUUGAUUCUAUCGAACAGAAAUAGAAAAACAAUUAUAUUAUUA